UGCAGUUCCGAAUCCGCGUCCCCAAUGUGCGCAAGCACUUGUCAAAACCCUCCGCUUCACAAUUGCGACUUUUAUAAACAAUGCGUCGAGGCCUCAGUACCCUGUGAUGGAAGCACACACUCGUACGCCCUCGAUUACGGACACAAGAUCUGCAACAAGUUCAUCGGAAACCUCGAUCGCUUUUCUCCUCGUGGACAAAAGUUCUUGACGGGCGCCAUCAACUGCCUGCAGAGAAAUCUCGUUCCCGUGGUGUCUUCGAGCGAUGCUACCUGCAAGAGCAUCAGUGACGCAGCCUUCGCGUCGCACGCGCCAUGUUACGUGGAGAAUGGCUUCUGCGGCCUCGACUGCAAUGACUAUGUGGCCCUGACGACUCUACUGGGCGAGGAUCUGUUCAAUAAGGAUGCCAUUGGGUUCAUGUAUCACAGCACAAGCGGAUGCAUUAAGAAUAUUCAAGAGGUUAUUGAAGAAGGAGCCUGCAUGAACAAUGCGCUCAAAGGUUUCAUGGCGGCUAUU